AUGUCUCACAGGAUGAGUCUUCUUCUAUCAGGAUUCAAUGGACUCGAGUAUUGGCUGGCAACCUUUAUCCCAAUCCCUUUGAUCGAUCGUCUUGGGCGUCGCCCGCUUCUUCUAUUCUCUGCCAUUGGCCAGACUAUCAGUAUGGCGGUUCUGGCAGGAUCCACCGCGUAUCCGGACAGUACAUCGGCCGGAGUAAUUGCAUCCGUAUUUCUCUUUGUCUUCAACACCUUUUUUGGAAUUGGGUUCGAUGGUAUCCCAUUUUUGCUCCCUGUAGAGCUUACUCCCCUUCAGACUCGUGGCAAGUCUGUUUCCAUUGCGACGGGCUGCUUCUGGCUAUGCAAUAAGCCUUUCUUCAUCCAUGAUGACAAGAUUGUAUCUAAUCCAUGA